AUGAAAGCUCAAGGAAAAAUUUACAUAAAAACCUCGGAAAGGGAAGACGAUUUUUUGCCAACGGUGACGUGUAUGUUCGCAUUCGCUAAGACCUUCGGGAUACCGACUUAUGGUGGUAAAGUGGCAUUAAUAAUGUCUGUAACAAUAUUGUUAAUGUUAAUAAUUCUUGAGAUCUCUUCUAUUUGGAAACUGGUUCGGACUCUUAACGGCUGGGAUCAAAAUCCAAAUGGCAGUGUAAUAGCUCGCUUGUCAGGCUCUAUAUUUUAUGGCAAUGGUCUAUUAUCUAUGCUCAUAACGUGGAAACUGGCAAGAAAGUGGCGCUCUCUAUCUAAGUUGUGGUUGGAACUGGAAACCAAAUGUAGCUUGCAUUUUCCUCCAAACACCAAAAUCAGAAGACGCCUUUUAUUCGUCGCUGGAUAUACAGUGUUUUGUGCAUUUGUGGAGCACAUGCUAAGUAUGAUGUCGUCGACAGGCCUCGACUGUCCACCUCAAGAGUACUUCGAGCGGUAUAUUCUCAGUUCACAUGGCUUUCUGAUAACAAAACAUGAAUAUACCCUGUGGCUGGCAAUACCGAUAUUUAUUUUAAGCAAGCUAGCAACAGUGCUAUGGAACUUCCAAGACCUGAUAAUAAUAUUAAUUAGCAUGGGCCUCGCGUCGAGGUAUAAUAGACUGAAUGUUUUCCUGCGACGACUUGUUAUGUAUGAGAAUGAUAUGAAAGCACACAACUUGCAACAAAAUUUGGUUAAAAGAGUAUAUCUUUGGCGGCGUCUGCGCAUAGCCUACGUCCAUCAAUCACAGCUCGUGAAGAGGGUAGAUCAGUGUCUUGGAGGAUUGAUAUUACUCAGUAACCUUAAUAAUUUGUAUUUUAUCUGUCUUCAGCUUUUUCUAGGCAUAAGUGUCAGCCAAGAAAAAGGCACAGUUAUAAAUCGUAUCUAUUACUUUUACUCGCUUUCCUGGUUAUUGUUUCGUGCAAGUGGAGUUCUAUUGGCAGCCGGCGAUGUUCAAUUGCAUUCUCAAAGGGCGCUACCAGAACUGUACAGAUGCGGCAGCGCAGCCUACAAUAUUGAAAUAAAAAGACUAAAAUACCAAUUACAGCAUCAGAUCGUAUCAUUAAGUGGAAUGGAUUUAUUUUAUCUGUCUAGACAAAAACUGUUAGAGGUAGCAGGGGCUAUCGUAAAAUAUGAAUUAAUUUUACUACAAUACGAUAAAGAUCGCAAUUGA